GGUAUCGGAUGUGCGAAACACAGGAGUUUAAACAGCGCAUGAUUUAAGAAGAAAGUAAAUAGUUGAUCUUAUAUUAAUUGGUGACAAAAUGCUCUCCGCAGCCCAGUUACUCGAUGAGUUAAUGGGCCGAGAUAGGAACUUGGCUCCUGACGAGAAACGAUGUAACGUACGCUGGGACCACGAGAGUGUUUGCAAAUAUUAUCUUUGUGGGUUCUGCCCUGCUGAAUUAUUCACAAACACUCGGUCAGAUUUGGGUCCUUGUGAGAAAAUACACGAUGAGAACUUGAGAAAAAUGUAUGAGAAGAGUUCACGGUUUAUGAAGGAGGGCUAUGAGAGGGAUUUCCUGCGUUACCUGCAGAGUUUGCUGGCAGAGGUGGAGCGCAGGAUCCGUAGAGGACACGCUCGGCUAGCUCUCUCCCAGGCCCAGCAGAACUCCGGAGGGCCCGGCCCGUCGGGGAAGAAUGAGGAGAAGAUUCAGGUUCUCACUGAGAAGAUUGAAGAGCUGGUUCAACAGAUUGAGGAGCUGGGCUCAGAAGGCCGUGUGGAGGAGGCUCAGGGGAUGAUGAAGCUGGUGGAGCAGCUGAAGGAAGAAAGAGAGCUCUUGAGCUCCACCCCAUCAACGAUUGAGAGCUUUGCUGCCCAGGAGAAACAGAUGGAGGUGUGUGAGGUUUGUGGAGCAUUUCUCAUCGUCGGAGAUGCCCAGUCUAGAGUGGACGACCAUCUCAUGGGCAAACAGCACAUGGGCUAUGCCAAAAUCAAGUCCACAGUGGAGGAGCUCAAGGAGAAACUGCGUCGGCGCUCAGAAGACCCUGACAGGGACGAAAGAGGCAGAAAGGAAAGAGAAGAUAGGGAGCGAGAGAGAGAGGAACGAGAGAAGAAACGCAGGGAGGAGGAGGAGAAAGAGAAGGAGCGGGAAAAAGAGAGGGAGAGAGAGCGAGAGAGGGAAAGAGAGCGCGAGAGAGAGAGAGACCGGGACAGGGAGAGGGAGAGAGAGAGGGAAAGGGAGAGAGAGAGAGACAGACGAGGGCGACGCAGCCACUCCAACAGCCGUCACUCAAGCCGGGCAUCAGACCGCAGGAGGAGCCGAUCCCGAGAUCGCAGGAGGUCCAGGAGCAAAGACCGCGACAGGAAACGCAGCAGGAGCCGUGACAGAGAGAGGAGGCGUAGCCGGGAUCGUUCGGACAGGAAGCGGCGUUCCCGCAGUAGAGACAGGAGGAGAUCCCGCAGCUCUGACCGCAAGAGCCACAGACAUCGCAGCCGCAGCCGGGACAAAGACAGAGAACGAGACCGAGACAAGGACAGAACAUCCAGAGACAAAGACCACAAAGAGCCGGAGGAGAGGAAGAGCAGUAAGAAGAGCUCGUCUGACGAAAAGCCGUCUGAGGCCCCAAAGCCCGAGCCCAUGGAGGUGGAGGCUGCCGCCAAGGCAGAGCUGAACGGCACAGCUGAAGACAUCCAUUCUGAAGGUGACACACAGUCCAAUUAAAACUGAUCUGAUAGGACCUCAGAUCAGACCCAGGGAAAACCUGGCAACAUCUGGACGAAGAAGACCUGAAGACCCCCGGCGCUUGAACAUGCACCUUCUCCACUUAAAACAAGGUGAACCACAAAUGUAGUGGCCUCUUAAAAAAAAAAUAAAAAAAAUAGACAGACAAAAAAAAAAAAAAAAAAAGAAGGAAACGUGUGUAUGAUGGUUCUGGUAGCCCCUUUCCAAGCACAUUUGCAGGACCUGUUUCGUUCUUUUUACAGUGUUUUCAUUUCCUGUUUUUUUUUUUUUUUUGUUUGUUUGUUUGUUUUUGUUUUGGGUUUUUCUUCAUACUUAACGAUUUACAAAUCUAUAGCUACAUGCCAGUGACCAUGUAUUUCUGUUAAGGAGCAUAUAGGAUUGACCAUAGCUUUGGCAUGUUUGGUUUGUACAGUCAGGUCUUCUCUUCACGUUUUACGAGUUUGAAGCAUUUGUACAGUAUUUGGACUGGCAAUGUGAAUGGCCUCUUCACAGUUGAACUCAAAUUUAUCAUUUUUUUUCCUCUCUUUCCCCGCUGUGUAAGAUAUAUCCCAAUCCCAGGAUGACUUUUUUUUUUUCUUUAGAGAAAUGUUUUUUUGUUUUUGUUUUUUUCGGUUCAGAUUUUAAUAGAAUCUGUAUAUGUCUUGAAUAAAAUCCCA